GUUGGAGUGAGACAUCCUGACGAGACAACGAUCUGUGCUGCGAGCUGUAAACAGGAGUGCAAGUUGAACAACGUCGUUUUAAACAGUGUCUUCUAGCCAUUUAUCCAGAGUGACACAGCUCACCGUUAAGGGAAAAUGGAAGACGAUAUACUAACGACGCUGAAAAUACUGAUAAUAGGAGAAAGCGGCGUUGGGAAGUCCAGUCUCCUCUUAAGAUUCACCGAUGACACAUUUGACCCAGAACAAUCAGCAACAAUAGGUGUUGACUUCAAAGUGAAGACUAUUUCUGUGGAUGGCAACAAGGCAAAGCUGGCAAUAUGGGACACUGCAGGACAGGAGCGCUUCCGUACGCUGACGCCGAGUUACUACCGUGGUGCCCAGGGAGUCAUCCUGGUGUAUGAUGUCACACGACGAGAGACCUUUACCAAGCUUGACAACUGGCUCAAUGAGCUCGAGACAUACUGUACAAGGAAUGACCUCGUAAAAAUGCUUGUGGGAAAUAAAAUUGACAAGGAAAACCACGAGCUAGACAGGGCCGAAGGGCUGAAGUUUGCAAGAAAACAUUCCAUGCUUUUUAUAGAGGCGAGUGCAAAGACGAGGGAUGGUGUUCAGUGUGCAUUUGAGGAGCUGGUGGAGAAGAUCAUCCAGACUCCCGGCUUAUGGCAGAGCGAGAACCACGGCCGAGCUGUUCAGCUCACUGACGAAGACGCAGGAGGUGGAACCUGUGGUGGCUACUGCUCCCUGGUCUAAACAACAUGCUCAUCUACAUUCACACACACACAUGCUCAAACAUACACAUGAAUACCUUGCCAAGCAUGCACACACACACACAUCCUUGAAAGAACAGCGCCCCUCCCACUGUGUGCCGUCCUGAGCUGAGCUCCCCCCUCAGACAUGAAGGCAGUGGAUGUCCGACUGUCUCCCUUCCGCUGAGCUGAAAGGAUGGACCGUCCACACACUCUGUGUUCACACAGACACUACUUUUGCACACUUUCUAAUAACAAUGCUGCGCUAAAAUGCAAGUACAGCUCAGCCUUCCUCUUAAUGGAAUUUGAGUGAGUGUUUCUCUCUUCUGUUUUGUUUUGAGUUACAGUUUUUUUGCAGUUUCAGGACCUUGGUCAAAAUAUUAACCGUUCUCACUUGAUACUCAUUUGAUUUGGUCGUAGCAUUGCAUUCAAAUUCGUCCAAAAGUUUAAGCCAAAGUUAGUCAGACAUAUGGCUAAAUCUCUGAAGUAUGAUAAUGAGAAUGGAAAAUGUUGACCAUGGUUCCUUUGUGUCUCCAGCAUGCUUUUUGUCCUCGGAGCACUUUGCCUUAGCAAGCACAUCUGUAUCCAUGCAGGGCAGACGUUUCUCCCUCUGCUCUGUCCUGUUCUUCGUCCUGUCCCCCCCAAGCACAGGCUCUAGGAAUAUUAUGCUGCUUAUGGAGAAGCUUAUCAAGCCAAGCCUUCUCGUGUUCCAUCUCACCACUCAGUCAAAGGCUUGGGUCAUGUGUCUAUUGUCUACACAACUGUCUGAUUUCUUUCCAAGUGUUUGGGAUAUUUUUUUUGUUUCUUUUAUUGACUUGGACUUCAAACCUUUGCUGUGUUUUGAAGAGUGCAUAAAUCAAAGAGACUGGCACCAGCAGGCUUUCCACUGGGUGCUAAAGAAGAGGGAACCUCUUAUAACUGCACGCCUUUUUUGUAACAAGUUGCUUUAAUGGAGUGCGACCUACUGGCACUCGUUCACUCAGACAGAUAAUAUCAGUAAUAUCACAAGCACUGCUACAGUCCUUCAUAUAGAUCCCUUUGACUGGACAGAGACAAAGGAAAAGUGUUCAAUAUUAAACAGGGCAGUGAGUCAUAAGGGUGUUUCCACUGAAAUUGGAAAAUCAAAGAAAAAGCUGUGUGCUGCACAUUGCUAAUGGAUUUUACAGUGCUCCCAUCUCUGUGUUAGUGUCUGAGAAACAGUUAUAAAUGUACUGUACCCCUGACCUCUGACCAUGUUUGUAGUAUCCGAGUGCUGGUGUGUAUUCUGGGAAACGUAGUCCUGAGUGUUUAAUCUCUUUGCAGGGAUGGUGAAAGUGACAUGGAUUCAAGCAUGUCUUCUCACAUGUAGACUUUUUUUUUUUUUAAACAUCUUUUUAAUUGCAUGGGAAAUCUGCGUGCCAUUCUUUUGUGUUUGUCUGUCCAGUGAAUAACCAUCAGAGGCUAUUUACUAUUAAACACUUUAACUUAUAUUUAGCUAAAAAUAAAGCUUUGCAUUCAAGCUUGCCAUUUGAAUUUAAUGUAAAACAAAACUGAAGUAGGCUUUUACUUAUUGAACUGGUAUAGCUGUCUUUUUUUGUGUUCAGAAAUAUGUUGAAACAAGUAUACCUUGUAAAUUGUGUUUAUUUUAGGAAUUUGUUGGGAUAAUUCCUGUAUGAAUUGUAAAGCUGAAUGUAAACAUACUUCAUUACAAAACCGCCCUGUGUAUUAAACUAAAUAAAAUUCUUUUUUAAGUGAA